AACAUGGCAAGCAAGUCAGUCAGGUGUAUUAUUGAGCCUUCUCCCAUUUGUGUUUUGAUUUGAGAAAGAAGAUUGUAUGCUCUGUAGGACUGUUUCUUUGACAUAGUUCUAGACACAGAUUUCUGGAGCUGGACGCAAAUAGAUUUUGUUGGUGACAGAUUGCCUUUUUAGUUUUACCUUAAUUAGUUAGUUGAGAAUUGAAACUUGGGAAGUAAUGGAAGAGAGAGAGGAACACCAAGUUGCAUGAGGCUGACAAGUGACAUCAGUUACCCUAUAUCCAGGGAACCGGAUUUGGUAGUGUUUUUCUGGGCCUUUCUAUCUUAUAGUUUGUUAGGGACAUGAACAUUCAUAGAAUUUGGUUCAUAUAUUUCUUGUCCCAAGGGAUCAGAGAUGACAGGAUUUCUUCCUUAUCUCUGCUUCAUUUAGUAUUUAGAUAAAGAGGAGUCCACAUAUGAAGGGGAUGAAAGACUAGCUAUCCAAUUUCAUGCUUUUAAUUUCACUAGACUCAACUCAAUUAUUGCCUCAAAGUAGGAUCUUGAAUCUAUUUACUUCACCCUUAAUUGCUUUCAUUGCCCCUUUUGUUUGUUGUUGCUUCUUAUCCCCUGCUAUUUUUGUGAAUAGGUCACUAGGGGAUUCUUUCUCUUGAAAUAUAGAGAAGUUAUUGCUCUGAUGUCGAGAUGACUGUAUAUUAAGAUUAGUUGAAGACUAGUAGUUUGGUUUUUGUAUAAUUUUCUAGGACUUUGAAAUUUAAAGUAUUUGCUGCAGGGGAAGGGAAAGGGAACCGUGGAGGAUAUAUCAACAGCAGUUGCUGGUCCAAUUAGGCUAGGUGAAGUGAUCUGUAAUGACUCAAUAAUGGCAUCCCACAUGGAUAUUUCUGGGCUUAAUCUUGUUACAGACAAGGCAAGCUUGCUAUCAAGUCCUGAAACCAAGCCAAAUCAGCUCAGGAAAAGUAUAGUAUCAGCAUCUGAAUAUGAAGAUAUAAGAGGAGAAAACAAAGUCAUUUUGUCGAAUCUGAUUGAAAAUGAGGGUCAGGGAAGUGAUGAAGGUGGAUGCUUGUUAUCCAAUGGUGAUCAACAUAUUUUACGUUCCCAAUCUGUAGCUAGUGAUAUCAGCAGCAUCUGUGCAGAGGAAUUAUCAGCUUUUGAGGCUAACCUUGAGAUUAAUGCAAUUGCACUUGAUAGGGGAAAAAGUUCUGGUGAUGUCCAAGAUGUCAAUCUAGUGCCAAAGCACCUUGUGGGGGAGGAUGGAAAUGGAUCUAACGUGUCUGAUAAAAUUUCAUGCAAUUCGAUUCUUGAGGGGGCACAGCAAAAGGAGUUAAGAAGAACUGCAAGCCAGAUUCUUCUUGAAUUAAAUAACACUCCCCUUUGGGGAUAUACAUCCAUUUGUGGAAGGAGACCGGAGAUGGAAGAUGCUGUUAAAGCUAUACCACGAUUUCUGGAAGUUCCUCUUCAAAUGCUGAGGGAUGACAUCCUUUCAAAUGGCGCGAAUUGUGAUAUAAGCUACUUAACUGCUCAUUUCUAUGGUGUCUAUGAUGGACAUGGCGGUUGCCAGGUUGCAAACUAUUGCCAAGAGAGAUUGCAUUUUGCUUUGGAAGAGGAGAUAGAAAUUGCAAAAUCAGGUCUGUCUGGUGGUAAUAUGGAGCAAAAUUGGCAGGAUAAAUGGAAGAAAGCCUUCAUCAAUUGUUUUCUGAAAGUUGAUUUUGAGAUUGGAGGAAACAAGAUGGAUCUUAAACCUGUAGCCCCUGAAACUGUUGGUUCAACCGCCCUGGUUGCCAUUCUUUGUCCAACCCAUAUUAUUGUUUCAAACUGUGGUGAUUCGAGGGCAGUUCUACGUCGCGGGAAAGUGGCUGUGCCAUUAUCUGUAGACCACAAACCAGAGAGAGAAGAUGAACAUGCAAGGAUAGAAGCUGCAGGAGGCAAGGUCAUUCAAUGGAAUGGUUACCGUGUUUCUGGUGUACUGGCUAUGUCAAGGUCCAUAGGUGACAGAUACCUAAAACCAUGUAUUAUUCCGGAUCCAGAAAUCAUGUUUGUUCCUCGAGCAAAAGACGACGAGUGCUUUAUCUUAGCCAGUGAUGGGUUAUGGGAUGUCAUGUCUAACGAUGAGGUCUGCGACAUUGCUCGGAAGAGAAUCCUUCUUUGGCACAAAAAGCAUGGUGAAACAUUGUCCGCAGGAAGGGGUGAGGGAGCUGAUCCUGCUGCUCAAGCUGCAGCUGAGUACCUCUCAAGGGUUGCUCUAAGUAAAGGAAGCAAAGACAAUAUCAGUGUUAUUGUGGUUGAUCUAAAAGCUCAGAGAAAAUUCAAGAGGAAAAGCUGAUAGUAAGCUCUAAAGUCAUUAUUUUUGACAUGUUGUAUGUAGUAAAAUGUAAAAACCAUUCUUUAGUUUAAUGCUUAAUCAUUAAAGGAUGUAUUGGGGUUGUGGUGUCAAAGCUGCAAAACAGUGGCAGAAAAGUGACAGCAACAUGGAGCAGCACAAAAUGGCAGCAAAUCUUUUCAAAGUAAUCUUGCUUUAAAAUUUAAAUGCUUGGUAGAUUUUCUUUUAUUAGGUAAAUAUAUUAGGUGAGAGAAAUACCAUUGUAUGUUGUAAUUGUUUCUGCUAUAAAUAACAGAACAUCAA